AUGCAAAUCAGUUCAAUUAACCAUGAUGAUGAUGAUGAUGAUGAUUUGGAUGAUGAUGAUGAUGAUGAUGAUGAUGUGGAUAAUGAUGAUGAUGAUGAUUUGGAUGAUUAUGAUUAUUUGGAUGAUGAUGAUGUUGAUGAUAAUUUGGAUGAUGAUUUGAAUAAUGAUGAUGAUGAAUUGGAUGAUGAAGAUGAUUUGGAUAAUGAUGACUGUAAAGAUGAUGAUGAUAAUGAUGAUGAUGAUAAUUUAGAUGAUGAUGAAAUGAAUGAUGAUGAUUUGAAUUAUUAUGAUUAUUUCGAUGAUGAUGAUGAUAUGGAUAAUGAUGAUGAUGUUGAUGAUUUAUAUGAAGAUGACGUUUUGGUUGAUGAUUUGGAUGAUGAAGAUGUUGAAGAUUAA